AUGAGUUGGAGCAGGCAGGCUAUAUGUACGCUGGCCUUGCUGGGCAAACUGCCGGUUCUGGGCUGGAGCUCAUGGAAUGCAUACCAGCACGAUAUCAGUGAGGCAAAGAUUUUUGGCGCAGCCCAGGCAAUGAAUGACACGGGUCUGAAGGCUGCUGGCUACACCUACGUCAACAUUGACGACAGCUGGGCUAUGAACAAACGUGUUAAAGGCCAUAUUGUGCCGGACAGGACUCGGUUCCCUGACGGGAUUGACGGCCUGGCCAAGAAGAUUCAUGAUUUGAAAAUGAAAAUAGGGAUUUAUAGUGACGCGGGAACCGCAAUGUGUGGUGGCGACCCUGGCAGUUUGGAUCAUGAGAAGACAGAUGCCGGUGACUGGGCUUCAUGGGAAAUUGACUACCUCAAAUACGACAACUGCCAUUCAGCGGGCCGGAGUGGCCGCGAUCGCUACUCCCGCAUGCGGGACGCGCUGGCAAGUCAGACACGCCCGAUUUUGCUUAACAUUUGCAUCUGGGGCAAGGAAAAUGUCGUGACAUGGGGCAAUGAUAUUGGAAUUAGCUGGCGUGUUACCGACGAUAUCAGACCGCGCUGGUCGGGGUCAAAUAACGGCAGAGACAAAUAUUCCAUCAUGUACAUCCUCAACACGAACUCGAAACUUAUGGACCACGUUAACUUCUGGGGCCACAACGACGCCGACAGCCUCGAGAUUGGCAACGUUUUCAAUGGUUGGAGUCUUUCGCCUGCAGAGGAGCGCUCGCACUUUGCCUUAUGGGCAGCCAUGAAGUCGCCCCUGAUCAUCGGGACCGACAUAAGCCGGCUCAAAAGUGAACGCCUUGACUUGCUCAAGAACAAGUAUCUCCUUGCCUUCAACCAGGACGACGUGUUUGGCGCUCCCGCAAAACCGUACAAGCGGGAAGAUGGCAGGCCAUGGAAGACGACGUCGGACGAUGUGCACCCGGUCGACUACUGGUCUGGCGAGUCCAAGGACGGCUUUUUGGUACUGAUGCUGAACACGCUUGACAAGACGGUAAAGAAGACGGCCAAGUGGUCCGAGAUUCCUGGCCUAGGUGGUAAAAGCUACAAGGUUACCGACGUGUGGACUGGCAAAGACUUAGGUUGCUUAGAUGAGUAUACAGCUGAUGUGGAGUCGCACGACACGGCUGCCAUCCUGGUGUCCAAGGAGACGUGCGUAAGUAGAUCCCUCGUCUUUAUUUAA